GCAAUUCUCUACUUUUGUGUCAUUUUGUAUGGUGAAUGAAUUUAGGAAAUUGGAGAAAGUUAUUAAAUUCUAGAGUAGUCUAAGUGUAAAUGAUUUGCAUCGGAAAUAAAGGCGAGAAAGUGUAAUUCGUCGUUUAAAGUAUUUGAUAAUUGUUUAGUAGAAAACGCCUCACCGUCAUGGCUCAUCAAAUGUCAAUGUGAACACAACGUCGUAAAAGCCUCAAGAUGGCUGAAGUGGAUCCAGAGACGUUGCUGGAGUGGCUGCUGACAGGCCAGGGGGAUGAGCGGGAUAUGCAGCUAAUUGCACUGGAGCAGCUUUGCAUGCUUCUGUUGAUGUCUGAUAAUGUAGACAGGUGCUUUGAGAGCUGUCCUCCAAGGACCUUCUUACCAGCCUUGUGUAAAAUAUUCCUAGAUGAAUGUGCACCAGACAAUGUACUAGAGGUGACUGCUAGAGCAAUUACCUAUUACUUGGAUGUAUCAGCUGAAUGCACUAGAAGAAUAGUAGCGAUAGAGGGCGCUGUAAAAGCUAUAUGCAGCAGAUUACUUACAGUUGAUCCAAAUAACAGAACAAGUAAAGAUCUUGCAGAACAAUGCAUCAAAGUAUUAGAGUUAGUGUGUACUCGCGAAGCUGGUGCAGUUUGGGAGGGAGGCGGCCUGCCUUCCGUACUGCACUUUAUUACAUACCACGGCACCUCGGUGCACAAGGACACACUGCACUCGGCUAUGGCUGUUGUUUCCAGAGUGUGCGGUAAGAUGGAGCCGGGCGACGAGCGCGUGGGCGACGCGGUGUGCUCGCUGUCGGCGCUGCUGCGGCACGGCGACGUGCGCGUGGCGGAGGCGGCGCUGCGCUGCUUCGCGUCGCUCGCCGACCGAUUCGCGCGCGCGCACGCCGACCCCGCGCCGCUCGCCGAACACGGUCUGAUAGAAGAGUUGGUGCGCCGGCUGGGCACGACUGAGAACUCCGAGGACAAAGGCCUCAUGCCGUCGGUGUCCACCACCGUCAGCCUGCUGUCGACGCUCUGUCGCGGCUCUGCGCAGAUCACACAUGAUCUAGUUCGACUGGACUUGUGUUCGGCCAUCGAGGCGGCGGUGCAAGCGGACGAGCGCUGGUGUCUGGAGUGCAUGCGGCUCGUCGACUUGCUGCUCGUUCUUCUGUGCGAAGGACGUCACGCCAUACAAACUGGUACAUUCCGCACGGGCUCCGCGGCCGGGUGCGCCAGCAACAACGGCGGCAGCGGCGAGGGCUCCAGCGGCAGCUCCACGCCGAGCACCACCACAGGCGCGCGUGGAGAGAAGUCGCACCGCCAGCUCAUCGACUGCAUCCGCGGCAAGGACACGGACGCGCUGGUCACGGCCGUCACCAGCGGCGCGGUGGACGUCAACUUCACCGACGACGUGGGGCAGACGCUGCUCAACUGGGCGGCGGCCUUCGGCACCCGGGAGAUGGUCGAGUUCCUGUGCGAUAAAGGCGCCGACGUGAACCGCGGCCAGCGCAGCUCGUCGCUGCACUACGCCGCGUGUUUCGGUCGGCCGGCCAUCGCCAAAGUGCUGCUGCGGUACGGCGCCAACGCGGACCUGCGCGACGAGGACGGGAAGACACCCCUCGACAAAGCUAGAGAGAGACAUGAACAAGGCCACAGGGAGGUAGCAGCUAUAUUGCAGUGUCCCGGAGAGUGGCUGGUGGUCAGUAACCAAGAAUCACCGGAUUCAUCAAAUGAUGAAGAUUUUCCUGAUACUGGGGAUAAGGAGAUGGCUGCUAUUUACCUGGAACGCUUGGUGCCGCUGUUCUGCGCGCGCUACUGCGGCGCGGGCGGCGCGGGCGUGCGGCGCGCGUGCCUGUCGCUGGUGCGCAAGAUGGUGCAUUACGCGCCCGCGCCACGCCUGCGCGCGCUCUCCACGCAGCGCAUCGCGGCGCUGCUGACGCGCCUCGUCGCGCAGGUGCUCGACACGCAGGACGAGGCGCCGGCCCGCCGCUCGCAGCCCCGCUACCUGCGCAGCCGCUAUAUCCGCCCGCCCGCGGACGACGAUGACGGUCAUUUGACUGUGUUAGGAAUAGCUGAAGAGCUGAUGAUCAAAGCCGCCGACAUCUAUCUGGAACAGUUCGCACGACUGGGCGUGUUUGGCAAGGUGGAGGCGCUCGCUGCGUCGCCGGCGACGCUUCUCACUGCCGACGGGGAGAAAGUUAUAACUGGAGGAACAGGCGAAGACGCGACGAGCCUGGCCAGCGGCUGCGCGUACUGGUGGGGCGAGUGGUCGCUGUGCCGCGGCCGCGACGCGCUCUACGUGUGGAGCGACGCCGCCGCGCUGGAGCUGAGCACCGGCUCCAACGGCUGGUUCCGCUUCCUGCUCGACGGGAAGCUGGCCACUAUGUACUCCAGUGGUAGCCCCGAGCACCAGACCGACAACACAGAAAAUCGCGGUGAAUUUAUUGACAAACUCCAGAGAGCGAGAGCGUCUGUAAAGAAUUGCGUACCGCAAAGUAUAUUGUCGAAACCGGCCCCAACCAAAUUGAUACUUGGCAACUGGGUACUGUCAUGUAAGAAAGAGAAGGAACUUCACAUUCAUAAUACCGACGGACAGCAGCAAACAACAAUACUGCGGGAAGAUUUGCCGGGAUUCAUCUUUGAAUCUAACAGAGGAACUAAGCAUUCAUUCACUGCAGAGACGUUUUUAGGCCCAGAACUGGCUAGCGGUUGGGCAGAUCGCAGGUCGGCGGCGCCUAACAACGGAAAUGCGACACAAAAUCGUAGCCGUUUCUCUGCGAAGACUGAACAGCAGAAAGCACAGGUGGGUGAGCGUGCGCGUGCGUUGUACACGCGCCACCUGGCGAGCGCGGCCGGCCGCCAGCCCCGCGCACCCGUCGCCCGUCUGCGCGCGCUGCUGGCCAAGCUGCAGCGACUGGCCACGCAACCCACUGGUGAAUGGCAAAUAGAAUUGAGAGAGUCACUCGACCAACUGUCGGAAUUGUUCUGCGGCGACGAGUUGCUGUCCGCGUACGAGUUACAGUCGUCAGGUCUGGCGCCGGCGUUGCUGCAAGUGUUGGCGCCGCAACCCUCUGACAAGCCGGGUCAGUUGGCCGAGCGGGAACGUAUUGUAUGCGAGUGGGCGCUAACCGGCACCGUGGAAAGCAAGGAUGCAGAGGGCGAAGAAGAGAAGUGUGGCGGCGGCACGGGUGCGACGUUGGCCACCCGCCUUGUCGGCGUGCUGGAGAGCGUGGAGCGCCUGCCCGUGCUAACACCCGCGCCCGACGCGCCCGCGCACCAGCCCGCUGCGCUUCACCAUCUCACUAAACGGAUCAGGCUUCGAGUGGAACGUUCCAACGAAGACCCAUCAGAAGAAUCGGUCACGAACAAUAACUCGGGCCGAAGUUUAAAGGUCGAAGCGUUGACCACCGUGCGUCAACUAGAGAGGUUCCUCGCCAAGUGCGUCGCGCGCCAGUGGUACGACAUGGAGCGGUCCUCCUUCAACUUUGUACAGAGAAUAAAGGCAGAGGCGCCCAUCAACUUUACUUAUGAUCACGAUUUCGACGAGAACGGCGUGUUGUACUUCAUCGGAAGCAACGGCGGCACGUCAGAGUGGCUGAACCCGGGCGCGCACGGGCUCGUGAGCGUGUGGUCGUCUGACGGACGUCUGCUGCCCUACGGCCGCGCCGAGGACGCGCUCUCCCGUGCGCCGGAACCACUCAACGUGCACACGAACGACGACAGGCGAGCGUUCAUAGCCGUGGACCUGGGCUUGCAUCUCGUGCCCACCGCGUACACGCUGCGACACGCCAGAGGAUACGGCCGCUCCGCGCUCAGGAACUGGCUGUUUCAAAUGUCAAUGGACGGCGUGAGCUGGAGCACGCUGGUGGCGCACGCGGACGAGCAGGCGCUGCAAGAGCCGGGCAGCACGGCCACGUGGCGCGUGCGCGCCGACGCCGCCUACCGCUACCUGCGCGUGCAGCAGAACGGCAAGAACGCGAGCGGCCAGAGCCACUACCUGUCGCUGUCCGGACUCGAGAUAUACGGCAAGGUGGUGAGCGUGGUGGAGACGCCGCCGCGGCAGGUGGGCGGCACGGCCAGCAGCGCGCGCCGCUGGUCGCGCGGCAACCGCGCGCUGUGCGCCGGCGCGCGCGUCAUGCGCGGUCCCGACUGGAAGUGGCGCGACCAGGACGGCGCGCAGCCCGCCAUGGGCACCGUCACCUCGGACCUGCACAACGGAUGGGUGGAUGUCAGGUGGGAUCACGGCGGGCGCAACUCGUACCGCAUGGGCGCGGAGGGUAAGAUCGACCUGAAGGUGGUGAGCGGCGGCUCGGGCGCGCCGGCGGGGGAGGCGCGCACCUCCCGCAAGAGCCACUCCACGCCCAGUCUGCCCGACGCCACGGCCACCGACCAACAGGUAUCGGUUGCGUCGACGGAGCAGGCGUCAUCGGCUGACAACAUAUCCGAGGAGGUGGGCGGCAACAUGACCCGGCCCAGGGGACACGCCGCCGACCUGUCCGCCAUUAACAGCUCCACGCAUCAUAUCAACACUGAUUUAGCCACUAUAGUAGAGUCAUUGACGCUCGGCGCAGAAGGCAACAACUGCAUGACUGAUUUGGGCAACACUUCCUUCACCAAUAUGGAAAUGGGACCAACGAGCAUCACUGACAUCACUAAACCGUAUCCCGCUAAGGAGCCUUUGCCUGAUUCUACAUCUCAAGAGGAGAGCGAAGCGCGCUGUUGCGAGGGCGACGCGAUGCGCAACAGCGCCAACGCGCUGCUGUCCAGCGAGCUGCUGGCGCUGCCCGCGCUGCCCGCCUCGCUGCUGCACACGCUGCGCAACAAUGCCAACCGCUUGCACAUACAGUGUGAAGAAAACGAGAACGGCGAAGGUCAAUUUAGCGAGCACAAGAAGGAUUCUCAAGCGGCCGGCGGCGCUAUGAGUGCUAGCGAGCCGGACCUUACGCAACAGGGUGCAGCGCGACUGUUAGAGUCUCUGGGAGUGGCGGUGCGCGGCAGCAGUGUCGGUCGUGGUCGCGGCGCGGUCGCACGGUCUAACCACUCCAGUGGAUUGUUUCCCAGUCUCGUCCGACUCGCGUUGUCCAGUAACUUCCCUGGCGGGCUGUUGUCGGCGGCGCAGAGCUACCCCUCGCUGGCGCCCAACGCACAGAACGCUCUCACUCUGUCCCUAACCUCUACCUCCAGUGAAAGUGAACAGGUUUCUUUAGAAGACUUCCUCGAGACGUGUCGCGCGCCCGCCUUGCUCACAGAACUGGAGGACGACGACGAGGGCGAUGACGCUAUGGACAGCGACAAGGAGAACGAGCCUACUUACCAGGAAGUUGUGUCUCGCAACUUACUAUCGCUGAUGGAGGAAGAGGCGUUGGAAGCGGUGCGAGGUGCGGGAGGCGCGGUCGGCACCAUCGGCGCCAAUGGGACCCGCUCGCGCAAGCCGUGGGACGACGACUUUGUGCUCAAAAGACAGUUCUCCGCGCUCAUACCGGCCUUCGACCCUCGACCUGGACGGGCCAACCUUAACCAGACUGUUGAUCUCGAUAUACCCCUCAACGAAGAUUCCGACGUCGAGGAAUCUCCCCAGGAGUCUACCAGUAGCAACGCAAAGGCAACUGAGACUAAUGGGAACAUACCCAUUGCGACGACCAACAGGCUGCCUUCCCUGCGGCUGGUGCUGAGCUCUGGGGAGGCUUCCCUGCCGCUCGAGCGACCUUCGUGGACCAUAUACAGGGCCAUCCUGGCGUUGAACGCGCGCCUCCCUUCUCACGACUCGCAUAGGGAUUCUAUUUAUACGCUUACAUAUAAGGAAAUUGAUGGUGUAGAAGCAUUUGCAUCCUCGAGUGACAGUGAAGAUGAUGAACCUGGUGAUCCAGCUGAGCGCGGCGUGGCGGGCGUAGAGGGCGCGGAGUCGGCCGAGAGCUCGAUGGUGACGUGCUGCGUGCGCGCCCUGCGGCGUCUGCGCGCGCUGCUGCCCGGCCUGCCCGCGCACGCCUUCCUCUCCACCAAGCUCACCAACAAGCUACACCACCAGCUGCAGGACCCCCUCACCCUGGCAGCUGCUGCUACUCCGCAUUGGUGUCAACAGUUGAACGACUGGUGUCCAUUCCUGUUCCCCCUCGAGACGAGGCAAAUGUUCUUCGCGUGCACCGCUUUUGGGACAUCGCGGACUAUUGUAUGGCUGCAAGCACAACGGGAUCGAGCGUUAGAUAGACAGAGGGCAGGCCAAGGCGUAUCGCCAAGGCGCGCCGAGUUAGAAGCUACAGAGUUCCGGAUGGGACGGUUAAGGCACGAAAGAGUGCGGAUACCGAGGCAUCCUAACUUGCUUCGCUCUGCUUUACAGGUGAUGCAAGUUCACGCGGGCCGCAAGUCCGUGCUGGAGGUGGAGUUCGCGGGCGAGGAGGGCACCGGGCUGGGCCCCACGCUGGAGUUCUACGCGCUGGUGGCGGCCGAGCUGCAGCGCGCCGACCUCGGCAUGUGGCUCAGCGACGGGCCCGCGCCUGACGCUGACCUCGCGCCCUUGCCGCUUACGCUGCCUGAUGAAAAACCGGCAGGUUACUACGUGAGCCGCGCCGGUGGGCUGUUCCCAGCGCCGCUGCCACAAGACUCUCCUAUCUGUGAUAAAGUUUGCAAAUAUUUCUGGUUCCUAGGAGUAUUUUUAGCUAAGGUUUUACAAGACGGACGCCUAGUCGACCUACCUCUCUCUGAUCCGUUCUUGCGAAUAAUGUGUGGCGAGGAGCUGACGAACGAUGACUUGCAGACAAUAGAUCCAAUUAGACAUAGGUUCCUAGCGAACAUGCUGAAGGCGGCCGAGCAGUACGAGCAGCUGGCGCGCGACGCGUCGCUGUCGGCGGAGGAGCGCGCGCGGCAGAUAGCCGACAUCCGCGUGGACGGCGCGAGCUUCGACGAGCUGGCGCUCAGCAUGACGCACGUGGCGGCCAACGCGCCGCCCGCGCUCGCGCAGCACCCGCUGUGCGACGGCGGGGAGCACAUCGAGGUGACCGCACGUAACGCGCGCGCGUACGCUGAGAGUGGCGCGCGGUGGAUGGUGCGCGGCGGCGUGGCGCGGCAGACGAGCGCGUUCCGGCGCGGCUUCGGCGCCGUGUUCCCCGCGCGGCGCCUGCGCGCCUUCUCGCCCGCCGAGCUGCGCCUGCUGCUGUGCGGCGAGCGCGGGCCCGCGUGGACGCGCGACCACCUGCUCGCCUACACCGAGCCCAAGCUCGGCUACACGCGCGACAGCCCCGGCUUCCUCCGGCUGGUGGAGGUGCUGGUGGAGAUGUCGUGGCGCGAGCGCAAGGCGUUCCUGCAGUUCGCGACGGGCUGCAGCAGUCUGCCGCCGGGCGGGCUGGCCAACCUACACCCGCGCCUCACCGUCGUCAGAAAGGUGGACGCCGGCGACGGCUCGUACCCGUCGGUGAACACGUGCGUGCACUACCUCAAGCUGCCGGAGUACUCGUGCAAGGAGGUGCUGCGGGAGCGGCUGCUCGCCGCCACCAACGAGCGGGGCUUCCAUCUCAACUAGACGCCUGCAUAACACUACUACUGAAACUUGACACUGAAAUCAACUGGCAAAUUAAAAAAAAAACUACUCAUAUUUGUUAAAAAGCGCAUAUGUGUGAAAUUAAUACCCAUAUAAUAGUAUGAUUAUGAAACGGUUGGUUUAAUGACGGUCAUUAAAGCACGAGUUGCAAUAAAUCGAACGAAGUGAGUUUUAUAAAAUGCAAUUCAUUAAUUAUUUUUUAUUAAAUUAAUUAUUUAAUUAAAAUAUUCCAACUUGAAAUUUUAAAAUAUAUUAUAUACAUAAAACAUUGUUAAAAAAUCAAAGCUGCACAAAAGACAAAGAUACUAGUAAAAAAGUUAUAGUAUGACACGAAAUUAGAUAAAAAAAAAUUGUAAAUAUCAAACUUAUUCCAAUAUAAUUUUACUCGGAUUUUUUUUUAAUUUGCCGGACUAAUUCAGUGUACUUUAAUUAGUCAAACUACUGUACUGCACUGCACUGCGAGCUCAUUGGCUGGAACUUUUUCAUUGUUGUCUAUACUCCAUACUAAUAUUAUAAAUUAGUUUUCAGUAUGCUUAGUGGGAGUUUUCAAUAUUUUCAUACUCUUACUAUCGCGUUGACGUAAACGCGAAUAUAUAUGGAAUUGAAACAGUUGUGCAGUAGUGCCACUAGAUGGCGCUGUUUCAAUUCCUUAGAAAUUCGCGUUUACGUUAACGCGAUAGUAACAGUAUCAAACUGCCACUAGGCCCUCUGUACGCCAAACGCGAUGAGGAAUGUUUAUCAACAAACAAAUUGAAAAUAUACGGAGAAAACGCAUGCCACUAUACCUAACGGUGUCACCCCCGUAGUUCCUACUCCCGUGGAAUGCGGGGAUAAAAUAUAGCCUAUGUUACUCCCUGAUAAAGUAACUUUCUAUUGGUGAAAGAAAUUUUCAAAUCGGUCCAGAAGUUUUUAAGUUUAAACAUUACGUACAAAAAUACAAACUUAUAAUAUUAGUGCAGAUACAUUUAAAAUGAAGAACAAUUUAAUUAAAAUUAUAAUUUUAUAUAAAACGAUUUAUACCCUCAUUUUUAAUUUUUUUUUUCAUAAACAUUGCACAUUGAGUUUGGCUUUAGUAUACCUUUGUAGGUAGCUUAGCGACUUAUGCGGUUUAACGUUCCAGAAUAAUGUCAUAAAUGCGUUGUAUGCGAAAUGAUUUGUAAAAGUCUCUCUCAACAUUAAACAGAUAUUAAAAAUCAAAAUGGCGGCUCGUCUUGUUCAUUAUCCAUAAUACUGAACGUAAAGCAUAACCAUUUUUUUAGUAUUUAGUUAUAAUAAUUUCAGUUAUUUCCAUGAAGUAUACUUAUGUUAAAUCUAUACAAUAAUCUCGCAGAGUGCAGAUUUGUUAGCUGUAUGUAGGCAACUAUUCCUGCUGUUAUGUACGGUUCGAUUAGGUAAACUUAAGUAUGUUCUCACAUUGUAUCGCAUUGUAUGUACACACAAUAUUUAUGUAUAUCAUGAUUACACAUAUGUCAAAAUAAUUAAAAUUAUUUUGUUUAAUAAAGGUAAAAAAGGUAAUAAUUUGUAUUUGCAUAUACUCAGAGGCACAAUUAUCCGCCUACUUUAUUAUGACUCAAGUAAAUUAAAGUUAAUUGCGCCUCUGAGUAUAUUUCCUCAAAUAGGUUUUACUUUGUCUAUGGUUUAUUCCGUAUUAUUUUCUUACGAGAAUAAGCUACAAGAUUUACAGUCUGCCUUUUAAUAGCAUCGUAUUUCAUUUAUUUUACCGUUUCGAUUUCAGCUUUCGAAUUUACUUUCUCUAUGGUUUUCUAAGAAAGCUGUCAAUUUAUCUGUAUCUAUGAUCUUGUUGUAAUUUGCGAUUUGUAACAUGCCUUUAUAGCAUCUAUCAUGAAAUGUUACAGCAUACGCCUGUUAUUUACUGUUCAAGUAGAUGAAGAAUUACAUUAAGUUUCAUUAUUAAUGAGUUUAAAUAGAAUAAAAGUAUAAAAAAAAAAUAUUGGCAUUAAUGAAAUUCAUAAGGCAAAUUUGCGAUGUAGCUGGAUUAACACGACUCGAUGUAAUAUAAAUGAGGCGAAUUUUACAUGAAGUUCAAAUGAAAUGAGCGGCUUGUGAUCUGAGUUGCCUAAUUUUGGUGUGUUUAUAUAUUUGUUUAGUAUAACAAAAAGCAAUAAUUAUAAGUUUAAUAAAGACUAUAUUGGCUUAUAUAAAGACUUAAUAUUUCAAUAAUAAAGUGAACCAAUUGAAGUAUUCAUUAUAAUAUAAUGUCUACUACAAUAAAUUGCCAUUUUAUUACUAUUGUUGUGUGGGCUUGUAUUAUAGUUUAUGGGAAAUCAACACAUUUUCAUAUCGUGCGUAGGCAUUUUCUACAGUGAAUUGCCGUUAUUUUUUUUCAAGAUUUUUAAAAAUUCAUAUACACUCAUUGUUAUCCUUGUUUCCACCCAAGAAUAGAAUACAUAUAUUUUCAUAAACGCACUUACGCGUCGCAAACACUACUCCUUUGUUAAAUUGUUAAAUGACAAAAGAUCGACACUCAGCUGGCCUAUUCACUAAUUUGGUCUUCAAUAACAACUAAAAUAAACAUCAAAUGAACUGAAAAAAUAUGUUUUCUACCUAUUGUAUGAUAUCCACGAAUGGUUCCAUCCAUCUACCGAUGCACCGGAUGACCUUCUACUUAGAAUCUCAAUUUCGUAUAUGCCAAGUGACAUACGUCAAAGUUAGUGAAUUUUCCUCCUGAAGCGUUUUCGUUAAUCAUGACAAACACAAUCCACACACUUGUGAUGUUUGGUAAGCGUGGAUUUUACGCAGAAGCACUGUGUGUGAAUGUAUUGUGGUGUCAAGUGAAAAUAAUUUUGAAAAUAAAUAUGAAAAUAUGCCAAGUGAAAAUAAUACUUAUAAUGUAUUGUCUAAUAUCGAUAUAAUUUUCGCUUCACGCUGCUGCUAAAUGCCACUUUAAUUGGUGAUCAUUAUUCUUAAAGUGUGUAACACUUGUGUAUUGUGUGAAAUGUUUAGAGUAUGUUCCUUUAGUUAAAAUAAUUUUGUCAACUGAAAGUUGAUAUUGUGAUUUAUUAUAUAAAAUUAUAUGGAUGGAUUAAAUAUAUUUAAUUUGAAUUUAAUAGGGGUUUAGUAUAGUUAACAGAAUAUUGAUUGUAAUAAUAAUAUGUAGUUUUUAAUUCAUUAUUUUGUUGAAGAUUGUAUGAAUAAAGUAAGGAAAAUAUAAA